AUGAACAAUCAAGGGCCAGACACAGAAGACCAGGCGAUCAUCAGAAUCGCAGCCCAUUUACCGGAUCUCAUCGUCUAUGGAGAUUACUCUCCAGAGAAACCCUCGGUGAAGUAUUUCGAUGGAGUCUUAAUGUUUGUUGACAUUUCAGGUUUUACAGCGAUGACUGAGAAGUUCAGCAGAGCCAUGUACAUGGACCGAGGGGCUGAGCAGUUGGUGGAGAUCCUCAACUAUUAUUUAAGUGCUAUCGUAGAAAAAGUGUUAGUGUUUGGAGGAGACAUCCUAAAGUUUGCAGGUGAUGCACUGCUAGCCCUAUGGAAGGUGGAACGAAAACAACUGAAAAACAUUAUCACAGUGGUAAUUAAAUGCAGCCUGGAGAUACAUGGAUUGUUUGAGACCCAAUUAUCUGAGGAAGGCCUAGAUAUCCGGGUUAAAAUAGGAUUAUCUGCAGGCCACAUCAGCAUUUUGGUCUUUGGAGAUGAAACACGAAACUACUUUCUGGUGAUUGGUCAGGCAGUGGAUGAUGUCCGUUUUGCACAGAACAUGGCACAGAUGAAUGAAGUCAUCCUGUCACCAAACUGCUGGCAGCUCUGUGACCGGAGCAUGGUGGAAAUCGAGAGGAUUCCAGACCAGAGAGCAGUUAAGGUUAACUUCUUAAAGCCACCCUCUGCUUUCAAUUUUGAUGAAUUUUUCACAAGAUGUAUGUCUUUUAUGGAUUGUUAUCCCAGUGGUGAUCAGAAAAACUUCCUGAGACUGGCAUGCAUGCUGGAGCCCGAUCCUGAGCUAAAGUUGUCCCUACAAAAGUAUUUAAUGGAAAGCAUUUGGAAGCAGAUUGAUGACAAACAGCUUCGAGGCUAUUUGUCUGAGCUUCGUCCAGUGACAAUUGUGUUUGUGAACCUGAUGUUUAAGGACCAGAACAAAGCAGAAGAGAUAGGUCAGGCCAUCCAGGAUGCCUGUGUGCACAUCACUUCUGUCCUGAGGGUCUUCCAAGGCCAAAUCAAUAAAGUCUUCAUGUUUGACAAGGGUUGCUCCUUCCUCUGUGUCUUCGGCUUUCCUGGGGAAAAGGUACCUGAUGAGGUCACCUGUGCUUUGGAAAGUGCUAUGGAUAUAUUUGACUUCUGUUCUCAAGUCCACAAAAUCCAGAGCGUGUCCAUCGGGGUUGCCAGUGGAACAGUCUUCUGUGGAAUUGUCGGACACUCUGUGAGACACGAGUACACAGUCAUUGGUCAAAAGGUCAACAUAGCAGCCAGGAUGAUGAUGUAUUACCCAGGAAUCGUGACCUGCGACUCUGUCACUUACAAUGGCAGCAACCUACCUGCCUACUUUUUUAAAGAGCUUCCAAAGAAAGUUAUGAAAGGUGUCGCAGAUUCUGGACCAGUCUAUCAGUGUUUGGGCCUUAAUGAGAAAGUCAUGUUUGGUAUGGCAUACCUCAUCUGCAACAGGAAUGAGGGUUACCCUUUGCUGGGACGUGAUAAGGAGAUCAGAUACUUCAUGAGUACUAUGAAGGACUAUUUAAUGUGUAACUGUAGCCGAGUUCUAAUGUAUGAAGGAUUAUCAGGAUAUGGGAAAAGCCAGAUACUUAUGGAAAUUGAUUACCUGGCCCAAGGUGAGAAACACAGGACCAUUGCUAUUGCUUUGACUAAGAUAAGUUAUCAUCAAAAAUUUUAUACCAUUCAGAUACUCAUGGCUAAUGUGCUAGGUCUGGACACUUGUAAACAUUAUAAAGAACGACAAUCCAAUCUUCAGAAUAAAGUCAGCAAACUGCUGGAUGAAAAGUUCCACUGUCUUCUCAAUGACAUUUUCCAUGUCCAGUUUCCCAUUUCACGGGAGGCUUCCAAGAUGAACAUCUUGAAAAAGCAAAAGCAACUGGAAGCACUAUUUAUGAAGAUUUUGGAACAAACAGCAAAAGAGGAAAGGGUUAUUUUCAUCAUUGAUGAGGCCCAGUUUGUGGAUUCAGCCUCCUGGACCUUUUUAGAGAAGCUGAUCCGAACUGUACCCAUCUUCAUCAUCAUGUCCCUGUCACCCUUCAUCAGACCCUGUGUAGCAGCCAAUGCUAUCCUAAAGAAUAGAAACACCACCUAUGUCACCCUGGGUGCAAUGCAGCCUACUGACAUCCUCAACAAGAUCUGUCUUGACCUCAAUGUGAAUGGCAUCCGCAAAGAACUGGACUCGUACCUCGUAGAGGGGAGCUGUGGGAUUCCAUUUUACUGUGAAGAGUUGAUGAAAAACCUUGACCAUCAUAGAGUAUUUGUUUUCCAACCAGCGGUGUCUGAGGAAAAGGCAAAUAUGAACUGGAAUAACCUGUUUAAGAAUUUCACUAAGCCAACAGAGGAAUUAAUUAAAUAUGUUCCCAAUAUCGAAGAUGAGGAUAGAGAAGUCUGUAAUAUUGCUAGUGGCGUUAGACUGAAAAAUUUGUCACCUCCAGCAUCACUAAAAGAAAUCUCUCUGGUCCAGCUGGACAGCAUGAGUCUUUCCCAUCAGAUGUUGGUGAGAUGUGCCGCCAUUAUUGGUCAGACCUUCACUACAGAGUUGUUAUUUGAGAUCUUGCCUUGUUGGAACAUGAAGAUGAUGAUAAAAGCCUUGGCAACCCUAGUGGAAUCCAACAUCUUCGAUUGCUUCCGGAAUGGCAAGGAGCUCCGCAUGGCCCUGAAUCAGCAUCCAGCCUCAUUUGAGGUUCAUUUUCGCUCCUUGUCUCUGAAGAACAAUGAAGGUGCGGACGAAUAGAUUCUUGAUCAAGAGGAUGAGCUUCGAGAACUAGAAAGUGAGGUGAUUGAGUGCCACAUCAUUCGAUUCUGCAAGCCUAUGAUGCAGAAAACAGCCUAUGAAUUGUGGCUGAAGGACCAGAAGAAAGCCAUGCACUUGAAAUGUGCUCGCUUUCUAGAAGAAAAUGCUCACCGAUGCUACCACUGCAGAAAUGAGGACUUCAUCCCUUACCAUCACUUCACAGUGGACAUCCGACUUAACACUCUGAAUUUGGACACCAUUAAGAUGAUGGCUAUGAGUCAUGGAAAUGAAUCUAAAGAAGAGCUCUUUCCCAGUCCAUAUGUUCCUAAGAAAGUGUACGUCUUUUCUGAAGAUCUCAGUCCUGAAGAAGCCAAAGAAAAGAUCCUGGGUUUCUUUGAAAACAUUAUAGAAAAAAUGAAGAAAACUGAGGAAGACAUCAUCCCCCUGGAGUCUUGCCAAUGUGAAGAGAUCUUAGAGAUCGUCCUGUUGCCUCUGGCCCAACACUUUCUGGCUUUGGGAGAAAACAACAAAGCUUUAUAUUACUUUCUAGAAAUUGCAUCUGCUUAUCUCAUCUUGGGUGAUAAUUAUAUGGCCUAUGUGUAUCUGAAUGAGGGAGAGAAGCUGCUGAAAACCCUCAGCAAAGAAAAAUCCUGGAAUCAGACUUUUGAGUCUGCCACCUUUUUUAGCCUCAAAGGCCAGGUCUGUUUCAACAUGGGCCACACGGUCCUUGCCAAAAAAAUGCUGAGAAAGGCACUUAAGUUCCUCAACCGAGAAUUUCCGUACUCUUUAGUCUCUCUGUUUCUCCAUACACACGUGGAGAAAAACAGACACUAUAAUCUUCUGAAUCAACAGACCCAGACCCAGGACAGCUCUACCCUCGGAAAGGGGAGGUUGGCACAACUUUACCGGCAAACCAUCUGCUUCUCCUUGCUAUGGAAGAUUUAUAGCUCAAAUUAUUUUUUUCACUACAAGUACUAUGCCCACUUGGCCGCUAUCAUGCAAUUAAAUACUGCCCUGGAAACUCAGAAUACUUGCGAGAUCAUUAAGGCAUACCUGGACUAUUCACUGCACUAUCAGCUAAAAGGCAACCGAUGUGAAUGGUUCAAAUAUGAAAUCAUGGCCAUGGAGCAGCUCUUCAGCCUCCCCCUGAAAGGCGUGGGCAUUGAAACUGUGGCAUAUGCAGCUGAGACACUAAGCCACAGUAAGCUCCUGAUGGGUCAUCUGGAUUUGGCCAUUGAGUUAGGCACCCAGGCCCACAAAAUGAGGGCACUGCUCCGGAAUCCCAACAAACACUAUAUGGUCCUCUGCAGACUUAGUAGAGCUCUUCUCUUGACAUGCAGAUAUAAGCAAUUAAUCCAGGUGCUGGGAUGGCUGUGGGAUCUUUCUGUUGCAGAAGAACAUAUCUUUAGCAAGGCAUACAUCUAUUAUGUCAGCCUGGACAUCAUGCUUUAUUGUGGCUUUGUUUAUAGGACAUUUGAAGACUGUUUGGAUUUCUUAUACAAAAAUGAAGACAACAGAAUCCUCAAGUUCCAAAGUGGCAUCUUGCUGGGCCUGUACUCAUGCAUAGCUAUCUGGUACGGUAGACUCCAAGAAUGGGACAACUUUAAGAUAUUUUCCAAUAGGGCUAAAGCUCUCGUGCCCCGAAGAAUCCCAACGUUUCUUUACUGUGAAGGAAUCAGUAGGUAUCUGGAGAGCCAAGUUCUCUAUUUUCAGAAGCAAAUUGAAGAGCAAGUUGAAAACGCCCAGGAAAGUGGAGUCCGGCUGCUGAAGAACUUGGAGAUUCUGGUGGCUAAAAAUACUGGCCCUGUCUUCUGUCCACGGCUCUACCACCUGAUGGCCUAUGUCUCUAUACUCAUGGGAGACGGAGAGAACUGUGACUUCUUCCUGCACAUGGGCCUACAUCUCUCUGAAAAGCAUGGGAAUUCCCUGGAGAAAUGCUGGCUGAACAUGAGCAAAGAAUGGUGGUAUUCAAGCACUGAGGCAGCAGCAGAUCAAUGGAUGCAAACAAUCUUGAAUCUCCCUUCAUCGGAAAAUAUCUUAACCGACAAGAUCAGCAUACAGGACAUUCAAAAAAACAAAUUCCUGAUGAGAGUUAAUAUCCUGGACAAUCCUUUCUAA